UGAACCUACAUUCUUGCCAGGGUCUUUGUGAGACAUGCAUUGGCUCUGUUUUUUCUCUUUCUGCUUCACUUUUUUAGAGUGGUCCCAGCCUGACCACAUAGUUAAAUAAUCCUGCAAGGAAUUCACACAGAAAAACAACCCUUGAUCCCGUUUGUUGAAUACAGUGAAGGGGGAGAUUCACGGAGAGUUCUGCACAAGACCUUGAGGAAUCAUUGGCAGAAUGCAUCUCUCCUCAAAUACACCCUUUAAACAUGAAGACCUAAAGAUGAAAUUGGUUGCAUUUGUAGGGUGCCUCGUGCUUGUUUUUGCAGAUGAAAAAGAGACGAUACAUCCCAGAGAACCUGGUUGGACUGGUUCGCUUUUAGUGGUGCCCAUGGACGGAAGUCACUGGACUGGAGUGAAAGCCGUAGCGGAGGAGAUGGGUCGCAGGGGUCACAAAGUGAUGGUGGUCAUUCCUGAGGUCAGUAUACUGCUAGGACCUGGUAAACACUACGCUACUAGAACGUUUCCGGUUCCAUAUGGACAGCAACAACUGGAUGAACUCAAAGCUCGAAAUGCUGAGGUGUUGGAUAAUAAGCAGCAGCCUCUGUUGGAGAAGAUCAGCACCAGAAUCAGUAACAUUAGGAAAUUUGUGGACUUCCAAAGGGCCACAGCUGAGAGUCUCCUCCUAAACCAGGAGCUUGUGGAUUUCCUGGGGACGCAAAAUUUUGAUGCGGUACUCACCAGCCCAGCUGUGCCAACUGGUGCCAUCCUGGCUUAUAACCUCUCCUUGCCUGCUGUCUAUAUGUUGCGAGGCUUACCCUGCGGACUAGAUUCGAUGGCCACGGCCUGCCCAAACCCUCCCUCUUACAUCCCACGGUUCUUUACACGCUAUUCGGACCGUAUGUCUUUUCGUCAACGUGUGCUGAACGUUAUAGUGAGCAUCUUGGAGCCUUUGCUCUGCAGGCUGAUAUAUUGGUCUACUGAGGAUGUAGCCUCCCGUUUCCUGCAGAGAGAUGUAAGUGUGGUGGAGAUCCUGCAAAGUGGAGCUCUAUGGCUGCUACGGUAUGAUUUCAACCUGGAGUUUCCUAAACCCUUGAUGCCAAACAUGGUUCUGAUCGGCGGGAUUAACUGUGCCAUGAAAAGGCCUUUGAUUAAGCGCUGGACCAGAAUCCGACUGGGAAGAGCACUUGGACUGGGAAGCUGUUAGUAUUACCAAUGGAUGGAAGUCACUGGACAGGAGUGAAAGCUGUGGCAGAAGAGAUGGGAUCCAGAGGUCACACAGUGAUUGUGGUGAUUCCAGUGAUCAGUAUGCGUUUGGGUCCAGGCGAACACUACAUCACAAAGACUUUUCCAGUCCCUUAUGAGCUUGAGUUGUUCGACGAGAUAUUGACCAAGCAAGUUUGUGAAUUGACAACCUCAGGAAAACUGAUGAGUCUGACUUCAACAGUGUUUGACCGACAUACAGUUCGUUUCGUUCAGCGUCACGUUUCGGGGCGUGGAAAUGUCCCCCACAACAACAGACCGGUAUGCAACUAGUCAGUCAGCAGUCACCGGAGGCGUUCACAACGCUCCGCGUUAUUAAAUUCACCCACGAACUCGCGCUCGUGUCCAUCUUAUGUCCGCUUUGUCACACGGCC